AAGUGUUUUCUAUCAGUUUUUUCAUAUUUUAUCAAAAACAAUAAAAUUCUGACUCUAUUUAGUUUUAUUUAUUACAGUAUAUUAAAUUUAUUUUCAAAAAUAAAUAUUUAUUUACAAUAAAUAGUUUACAAAUAUUCUAUAUUUGCCAAUAAUGUUUACUAUUUAUUAUUUUGAGUUUGGUCCAUAUGAGCAUGAUUAUUGCGGGUUCUUAGAUUGGAGUUUUUAACGGAAUAUAAGAAUCCGUCUCUUAACUUUUAACUAAAAAAGUUAAGAACCGGCUCUUAGACCACUUCCAAUGCUGAUUUUUAACAAAAUCUUUAGCAUUAAACUUAUUAUAAUAAUCUGUGGGAUCCCUUAAAUUUAAAAAUAUGUGCCAAAUUAAUCCUUAGUUAAGGACUAAUCUUCUACGGAUUCGUUACUGUGCGCGAGUCCCAUCGCCACGUGGGAACCCGCGAUUGACUCCUUUUUUUCCUAAACUGAAUAAAAAAUAAAAAUAAUAAAAUAAUUUAGUUAAAAAUUAAAAGUUAAGAGACGAGUUCUUAUAUUCCGUUAAUAACUCCAUCCUAAAAACUCCCAAUAAUCAUGCUUUUGGAUUCCCUAGUGUCCAACCAAAGAGGUUACUAUAUAGGUGAUAUCUGACGGAUCUUAACGGCCAAGAUGUCUUGGGACGACGGAAAGCACACCAAGGUGAAGAAAAUUCAGCUUACUUUUGAUGACGUCAUUAGAUCCAUCGAGGUGGAAUACGAGGGAACCAACCUUAAGUCCCAGCGUCGUGGCACUGUCGGCACCAAAUCAGACGGAUUCACACUGAGCACGGACGAGUACAUAACAAGUGUGUCUGGUUACUACAAAACCACUUUUUCGGGAGACCAUAUAACGGCGCUAACGUUUAAGACGAACAAGAAGACAUAUGGACCUUACGGAAACAAAACUCAGAACUACUUUUCCGCUGACGCGCCCAAAGAUAGCCAAAUAGCCGGGUUUCUAGGAACCAGCGGCAAUGCUCUCAGCUCCCUCGACGUUCACUUUGCUCCCAUUCCUACCCCUGGCGGCGGUGGUUCAAAACCCGGUGGUUCUGGAAAUGAAUCUGGUGGCGGCGGCGGUGGUUCAAAACCUGGUGGUUCUGGAAAUGAAUCUGGUGGCGGCGGCGGUGGUUCAAAACCUGGUGGUUCUGGAAAUGAAUCUGGUGGUGGCGGCGGUGGUUCUGGAAAUGAAACCGGUAAAGAUGGACCAGGAAAGGUGGGACCGCUUGGUGGUGAAAAGGGAAAUGUAUUCGAAGAUGUUGGUUUCGAAGGUGUGAAGAAAAUAACCGUCGGAGCAGAUCAGUACAGUGUAACAUACAUCAAGAUCGAGUACAUAAAAGAUGGACAAGUUGUUGUCCGUGAGCAUGGGACAGUUCGUGGGGAACUCAAAGAGUUUUCAGUGGACUAUCCGAACGAUAAUAUCACGGCCGUUGGUGGAACCUACAAACAUGUUUACACCUAUGAUACGACUCUCAUCACAUCGCUUUACUUCACAACCUCCAAAGGUUUCACCUCUCCAUUAUUCGGUAUCGACAGUGAAAAGAAGGGAACAGAAUUCGAGUUCAAAGGUGAAAAUGGAGGAAAGCUUCUUGGGUUCCAUGGACGUGGAGGUAAUGCUAUUGAUGCAAUUGGAGCUUACUUCGACACCGGUUCACAAGGAGGUAAGGGCGGCGGCGGUUCACAAACUGAUGUCCCCGGGAAGAAGGGACCUCUUGGUGGUGAAAAAGGAGAAGAAUUCAACGAUGUUGGUUUCGAAGGUGUGAAGAAAAUUACCGUUGGAGCCGAUCAAUACAGUGUAACUUACAUCAAGAUCGAAUACGUGAAAGAUGGAAAAGUCGAAAUCCGUGAGCACGGGACAAGUCGUGGGGAACUACAAGAGUUUUCAGUGGACUAUCCAAACGAUAGUAUCACGGAAGUUGGUGGAACCUACAAACAUAACUACACCUAUGAUACGACGCUUAUCACAUCGCUUUACUUCACAACCUCCAAAGGUUUUACCUCUCCAUUAUUCGGUAUCAACAGUGAGAAGAAGGGAACAGAAUUCGAGUUCAAAGAUGAAAAUGGAGGGAAGCUUAUUGGUUUGCAUGGACGUGGUGGUAAUGCUAUUGAUGCCAUUGGAGCUUACUUUGACACCGGUUCACAAGGUGGUGACGGAGGCGACGUCCCUAGCAAAGACGGUCCUAAAACUGAUGUCCCCGGGAAGAAGGGACCUCUUGGUGGUGACAAGGGAGAACCAUUCGACGAUGUUGGUUUCGAAGGUGUGAAGAAAAUAACCGUCGGAGCAGAUAACUUGAGCAUAACUUAUAUCAAGAUCGAAUACGUAAAAGAUGGAAAAGUUGAAGUCCGUGAGCACGGAACGGCUCGUGGGAAACUAAAAGAGUUUUCAGUGGACUAUCCAAACGAUAGUAUCACGGAAGUUGGUGGAACCUACAAACAUAACUACACCUAUGAUACGACGCUUAUCACAUCGCUUUACUUCACAACCUCCAAAGGUUUUACCUCUCCAUUGUUUGGUAUCGACAGUGAAAAGAAGGGAACAGAAUUCGAGUUCAAAGAUGAAAAUGGAGGAAAACUUAUUGGGUUUCAUGGACGUGGUGGAAAUGCUAUUGAUGCUAUUGGAGCUUACUUUGACACUGGUUCUAAACCUGGUGGCACUGGCGACAGUGGAAGUGGUUCCAACAGCGGUUCUAGUCCUCAAAAACUUGACGCACAAGGAGGCAAGGGAGGCAACCAAUGGGACGACAGUGGUGAUCACGAUGGUGUGACGAAGAUACAUGUAGCAUUUAGUCGAGUGAUUGAGCAAAUCAAGUUUGAGUAUGUCAAGAACGGAGAGACAAAGGAAGGACCUGCCCAUGGUGUGAAAGGAGGAGCUAGAACUAUGACUGGAACGUUUGAGAUAAGUCAUCCCAACGAGUAUCUCCUGUCCGUGAAAGGUUGGUCCGAUUCAUCCAACAAGAUUGUCGGGAUUCAGUUCACAACCAACACAAAGACUUCAGAUUAUUACGGGUUUGAAAAAUAUCCUGGAGAUGAAGGUACAGAUAUUUUACUUGAAGUGAAAGACAAGAAGAUUGUCGGCUUCCAUGGCUUCGCCGACACUCAACUCAACUCUGUUGGAGCUUACUUCGCUCCCAUCGCCUCAACUCCAUUGAAACCUAGCAAGAAGCUACAAGCAGUAGGUGGUGAUGAAGGAGCUUCAUGGGAUGAUGGUGCUUUCGACGGCGUUAAGAAAAUACAAGUAGGGCAGAACAAUGAUGGUGUGUCUUUCGUGGCGGUCGAGUACCAGAAUGGCUCUCAGAAAGUUGUUGGUGAUGGUCAUGGCAAACAAUCACCGCUUGGAGUUGAAACGUUUGAGCUUACGGAUGGUGAGUACAUUACGUCCGUGGGAGUCUACUAUGACAAAAUCCAUGCAGAGGGACGUGGUGUGACAGUGGUGACGAGUUUAAUAUUCAAGACUAAUAAGCAGAUAUCUCAACCAUUUGGAAUGACUGGCGGAGAAUAUGUUGAGCUUAAGGAAGAAGGUAACAAGAUCGUUGGGUUCCAUGGAAAAGCUAGCGAUUGGGUUCAUCAAAUUGGAGUCUAUGUUGCACCAGUCACCAUAUGAAAAGAUUAUUGUGGGUUGCUUCUUUGAUUUUCAAUGAAUAAAGUUAUGUCAGAGACCUACUUGUUGUGGAUGAGGUCUCUUGAUGGACUAUGUUUUCUGUUUGUGCUUGAGUGUUAUGUUUGUGGUUAAGUGUUUGUGGAUUUUAAUAAAAGGAGGUUUGUGUUAAGUAGAA